CUCAUUAUACUCCCUCAAAACUUGAAGUCGCGCCACGUAUCUCGCGAGGCCAUGUGUGUCACCGUUCCCGCCUACUCCUGCUGCAUCUGUCCACCAAUUCGCCAGUUUUCAGGUUCUAGGGUUCCGCCACUACAGCCGGAUUCCGACGGAGAUGGAUAUUUUGCCCAAGUUCUUCUCGGAAGGAGGCUUUUCUGGAGUGGAAUUCAAUGACAUUUCCAACUUCGAAGUAGUGUACAGGAACCUUCAUACUCCAGCUGUUAUUAUUGGAGGAAUAUUUGCACUGAUUGCGCUAAUCAUCUCUCUCUUGCUGAUAUUCGAACAUCUUAGAUCAUACAGUAAUCCUGAUGAACAGAAGUGGAUAAUAGGCGUCUUGUUCAUGGUCCCUGUCUAUUCCAGUGAAUCUGUAUUCUCUUUAUGGAAAGCAAGAUUUUCGAUAAUAUGUGACAUAUUAAGGAACUGCUAUGAAGCAUUUGCUUUGUAUGCUUUUGGAAGUUACUUGGUUGCCUGCCUUGGGGGUGAAGAAAGAGUUAUGGAACUGCUUGAGAAAGGAACAAGUAAACAACAGCUCACAGAGCAGUUGCUCAAGGGAGAUGAGGAGAAAGGAAUAUUGCAUCGUAGUUCUUUUUAUGAUUUUUUCUUCAAUCCAACUGUUCUUGGAAAGGAUUUAUACCCAAUAGUAAAGUUUGGCCUUGUACAAUAUAUGAUUCUGAAAACAUUAUGUUCCUUCUUGGCGCUGUUGUUGGAGCUUUUUGGUGUUUAUGGAGAUGGGGAGUUCAAGUGGUAUAAAGGGUACCCGUAUAUUGCUGUUGUCAUAAACUUCAGUCAAAUGUGGGCAUUAUAUUGUCUUGUGCAGUUCUAUAAUGUGACUUAUCAUUGGUUGGAACAUAUCCAUCCGUUAGCAAAAUUUAUUAGCUUUAAAGCUAUUGUGUUUGCUACCUGGUGGCAAGGUGUUGGCAUUGCAAUGAUAUGUUACUUUGGUGUAUUGCCGAAGGAAGAAAAGAUUCAGAACGGUAUCCAAGAUUUUCUUAUCUGCAUCGAAAUGGCUGUUGCAGCUAUUGCACAUAUAUAUGUAUUUCCAGCGAAACCAUACCAAUUUAUGCGGGUUUCUCCACAUGGAAAGGUCACUUCCAUGCAAACAAUAGCCAAAGCUAACUUAGAGGAUCAUGAGAAGAAGCCAGCUAUUGUGGAACAUAAGAAAGCAUGCGUUGAACCUCCAGGCACCAGCAUUACUAAAAGUGUUCAGGAUGUGGUUAUUGGAGGAGGUGAACAUGUUGCCAGGGAUGUGUCAUUGACCAUAUCACAGGCAAUCAUGCCUGUAGAGAAGGGCGUCCACUUAAUACAGGAGAGUUUCCAUCACUUAUCACUGGGCUCUAUGAAGGAAGAGGGUGAAGCAAAGAUUAAGGUAAAAGGACAUGUCAUGAAGAAUGUGGAAGAUGAUGAGACUAAAUUGGUCAGCUCAGCUGAAAUUGUUACUGAAAACAGUGAUAGAUAAAUAUGAAAACUAAGUGCUCCAGUCACCCUUUAGUUGUUAGAUGGCUAACAUUCCUAGAGUAUUUUCCAAAUCAGAAAUUUACUAACUUUUACUGCAAACUUUGCAUUCCAAUUAGUUCAUAGUAGUUAUAUCCAACUAGUAUUCCGUCAGGAGUUCAUGAAUCAAAUGGAAAGCAUUGCCCGGUCAUUUUGGCUUUGUUUGGGAUGGCUUUCUUAUUGCUUUUUAAAACAGUUUUCUAAAAAGCUGUUUUAGAAAAUAGUAUGAAAGUUGUUCCAAAUGAAGCCUUUGAUGAUCACAAGGAUUCUUGAGCCAUGAAUCAUUUUAGAAUUCCCAUUAUAUCGUAUGUGCUAGUCUUUUGUAGGUUGCAGUCAGUUUGAUCAUGUCCAACUCUGCACUUUAAGAGAGGAGUAAUUAUUCCGUCAGUUUACCGAAUGCAUCCAGAAACCAAUAACAAAACGCCACGUCACUAAAGUGCUCGGUACAAUACACUCGGUAUGCUCGGUAUUGCUUGGUAUUUUCACCUAAUGUCGGUUGGGCUCUUUUAGAUUUUGGUAGUUUAUUUGUUGAUCAUUUGUUAUGAAUAGGAAUGUUGUUUUUUGAUAAAUUUUAGUUGUUUUUAUUGCAUUUACUAUGUUUAAGAAAAUGCCUAAAUUGGGAUGAAGGUAAUAUUGGGUGCUGUAACAAGAAGGAAAAUAUGGGUGUCCACAGUGUACAAUGUUAAAGGUCAGUCUGUCGUUUAAAACUUAUGCUGCAGCUUGUUGCAAUUUCAUUAAUUACUGUACUAUAAGGUUUUGUUUAGUACAGUUUUUUUUUUCUGCU